AUGAAAGUGAAAGAACCUUCCAGUUUUCGACCCUCGUCGUCUGAAAUGUGUGACAUGUUAAAGAAGGCAAACCUCGAAAUCCGUGGCUUCCAAAAAGAAGUUGUCAGAAAGUCGUUUCAGAAGCCUGGAAGAGCCAAAUCGGAUUUUGAGGUAAGAAUUAUGCUUACUAGGAGAAUAACUAGCAGUGUAUUUAUCUAUUUAUUUUUCUUCAAUAUCAUAAAUUGAUUACAUAAACCUAUGUUACUAACACUACUAAACAUUACUUACAAUUCUACAAGUUAUACUUUGAUGUACAAUACUAAUUUUUUUUUUACUAGCGGUAUCAACAAUAUUUCAUUGUGCGACUGUGAGACUAUGGUGAGCAAGGCCCAUUACGAAGUUCAUGUAUGACACGCGUCCUUUUCAUUAUCCCAAGCGCGUGACAAGGCGAAAAAGCAUCUUUCUCUAUUUCUUUACCGAGCUUAAAACUUAUCAUCUUCCUAACUCUAUUUACAAAUCAUGACUCUAUCGACAUUGCUAAUUCUAACAGUAUGCAGGACGCGUGACAGAUAUGAAAUUCGUUUAAGUCUCUGUGGCUCAGUGGUAGAGCAUUUGAGCGUGGACUCCGAAGGUUUGAGGUUCGAUUCCUCCCGGGGACUCCUCACGGGAACUCCUCACGAGGUCAGUCGGAGGAUUUGGUGGAUCGCAAGGUUUUCUGGGGAAUGGAGGGGCGAUCAGCUGUCGCUAGCAGAGUAUAAAGAAGGUGCUGUAGAACGUUAGCGGCCAAGUGUGAGGGGAUCAUCGGAAUCCUGUCUUACAGAGCCUAAGGGGGGGGAAGGAAAAAUCAGGUAACUUUUACUAGGAUACAACCGAAAUUUCAUUUAUGAAUGAGUGUUAAUGUUCAUUGUUGUAUAAGACGUGAACAAUAUAUUUAAAACAUGCUUUGUUUACUUCUUCAGACAGUGUACAAUUAUCAAAAAGUUGUUAACUGUUCUGUGGGAGCCAUUCAAAAGACGGGAGUGGAAUUGAACUCAUCUUUACCUGGUACUGAUCUUUAUAAUGCAAGCAAGUCUGUAGUAAAGAAAUUCAUCUAUUGUCCGUUGAAAGCAUUUUCUGUUUUUCCAAAUAAUCCUCCAGUUGGGUAAUCUUGAUAUUUUCACUAUGUGCCCGUAUAGCUAUUUCUUAAAGGCAUGUCUGUUGUUACUGCGUUAAAGUAAUUAAGAUAUGUCCUGAAAUAAUACUUUCAACCAAUGCGCAAACAUAACACUGUCGUCAUGCGUCGAUCAAUACGAAGCUUCAAUAAUUCCCUGAGUAGCCCUCGGGUAUUUCAACUUUUAGAGAUUGAUUCAUUCAAAUUCCCACCACCCCCCUUCCGGCAAAAAGUUGUGUUCAAAUGCCCCACCCAAGUACAAUUUUUAAAUCGAUUCUUUGUGAUCAACGAAUAUUGUUGAAUUUGGCAAAUGUUCGUACUAGUUUUUGGUGCCGCUGUUUGAUUUUUUGCUUGAAUGUAUCAUUCUACGAUGUUAGGAUUUUCUUCUACGCCUUUAAAAUCCUUCACAUUUAUGACGAAAACUCGUGUAUUCCGCUAAUUUCAUUUUCCCACCCCACCCAGGUAGGGUUAAAAUUACGGACGACAGUCAAAUGCCCGUGGGUUGCCCGGGGGGGAAUGUUGAAGAUUCGAAUUAAUCGGAAAAUUAUGCCGAACACACGUGGUUUAUUUUUCACCAAGUGAUCAAGUUUGAUAAACGCAGUGGGGGGCAUUAUUAAUUUUUCGCAAGGUUAUUCGGAUUAGGUUUAAUCUAACUGGUGCAAUGUUUCUUUCUUCUCAAGGUGCUUUCGGAAAAGAAAUGUCUCGCUGGGUAACAAAGGAAGUGAAAGACAGGCAUUUCGGCAGUAAUGGGAAGUGUACAAUGGGACUGGAAGUUGAUUUUAGGGGAGGCAAGGGCUGCGAUGUGAGACGCAAGAGCAAGAAUGUGAAGAAAAGGAUCCGUCGACUCGUUGGCUUCAGUAUUAGAGCAUCUAUAAGACUUAAGCUCCAGGGUGUAGUUUUCAGAGUUCCUCGUUUAAACUAUACCGGUAUCCCCUUCUUGUAACGCACAAACAAUUCAAAACCUUUAACCGAUGGCUUGUUAAUGAUAAUACACUAUUACGCGCGUAAAUGUACUCACAACGGAAACGAAACUGAUAAACGUACAGAAGCGAAAGUACUCAGAGGAAGAGUGAUGAAGCUGUUAAGAAAGUUAAAGUUAAUAAGGCGGAAAUUGGGAACUUAUGCUAAUAAAUGUGGUUGCUAUUGCUCUUUUCAGUGUUAACUUGACUGCUUUCACUUCGCCCUAACCCUUUUCCCACCUAUGAUUCAUCGGUUGGCUACCCUAGUUUCUGUACUUACUUUGCUAUAUUCUGCAAAUUAUUCCUACCUGGACUUCGAAUGCCGUUUUGUUUCAGUAGGGAAAAAUGUUCCUAUAUAGAGCGACGUUUUUUUCCAAAAAAAAGGAAAGAAAAAAGAGAAAAGAUUCCCCAAAAGGGAUUUAUGUAUUGUUCUUAUCCUUGAGAGCGCUGUACUCUUCCUGAAACGGCAUUUUACUGAGCCAAACUACUUUGCUGGUAUUUUAUGUCUUAUCAAAACAAUCUCCUCCACUUAAGCAGAUCAGAGUGUCGUAUGGUACUUAGUCCACCUGCUAAACUGUUCCAAAUCGAACCCUGUCCUGGGAUCGAAAAAGCAUCGUCUUGUGGUAAAUCGUGCACUGCCCUGUGACUAAUCCAACACGCUUCACUGUGCCUAAUCAAGCGUUGGACUUUGCUGGGCUAUACUAGGGAUUGUAUUGCUUUUCCAUUCGCAAAAACUUUUGAUUUAGUUCUUGAGUUUUUUUUUUCAAACCUGGAAAAUAAACCGUUUUUAAUUUCAACUCAAAUGCAUUUUGAUAUAUAUAUAUUUAUAUCUAAUCUUUGGCUUUCCUAGAAGAAAGGUUCUUUUGAAACCCUCUUCGAAAAACAAUUGUUCGGGUCACCUCCCACAGCUCUUUUGUUUGCGAGAAACAAAGAGGCUUUUACCGUAUGUAAAUUUGUAUCUUUGAGAAGCGUCUGUAGAUAAAUCAUAGAAUAUAUAUGUUUCAAUUCCUAGAAACGAUCAGCAGUCAUUUCAGUGUUAUCAGUUGUAAAGAUGCAACUUAAAAGGUGACGGUUAUCUUUCUUUGAUUAAUAAUUACGUUUUGUAAUAUUGUAAACUCCUAAUUUUCUUACAUAGCUCGUGAAGGAAUUUCAUUGACAAAACAAGAGAUUGUCAAAGAUGUUUUAUACGACAAAAUUUUAUUUUCCUUGAAGUGCGCUGUCAUAAGAACCACCUGAAAGUUUUUUAUGCAGAACGUCGCAUUAAAUUGAAUAAAAUUCCAUUUUUAGCACCAGACUUAGUAAUGUUAUCAUCCUCAUUGUGCAAGUGCAAAUCAUUUGAUGGCUGUAAAGUUUGUAAGAUUGUAACCUCAGCCUCCUUCAUUGCCUAUCACUCUUCCUGCGUUAUUCGCGUGAUAAAGGAAAGAUUGCUCGACAAGAGAGUCUUCUGAAGAGUUAUCUUUUCAGUACGCGACGACUGGUGUUUCGGAAAGAAAUCAUUGUUCUCGAUUACUAAUAUGUUUACAAGCUUAUGUAGGUUCAGACCGCUGUCAUUAUAAUGAUAAUGGAAUCCAAUAAGUUAUAGAGCCUUCCAUCCCAUCGGUGGAUUAUUGCAUUUUUUAUGGUAGGUUAUUUUAUUCAAAAACAUUUUGAAUGAAAUAAACUUCUCUCCACAGAAAUACUUUAAUGAUCUGACGUUUGAACUUGGUAGCUCUGCAUUGAUUCGAUAAUUUGCACACUGCGACUCCCCUCCCCCCCCUUACCCCCAUUGCCCCUUUGGAAAACCUGAAACAUUUUAGUUUAAAGUCUGAUGGUUAAUGAAAACCCUAUUUUUGUUUGUAGACAUGAAAUCUAAGAAAGAAGCAGAGAAUCCCAUCUAGCCCGUGACAAACGAUGAAUGGUUACCUUCAUGGUCAGAUGCUUCCCAGCUCAUUAAAGCGGGAAGCGGAAAAUAGACUGGCUUCCACGAAAGGUAGUAAAAACAAAGCACGACCACGGAAGCUAAGUGAUCAGUCAAGAAUGUCUUCCUAGAAAACCAACAAUACAUUCAUUCACGAUCAGAUGUAACUGAUUGGAAGAAAUAAGGAAAUGCAAUUGUGUAAGCUGAAUGGUAACAGCAGGACCCCUGCCAUUUCAGGAUAACGUCAUAACUAGUAAGUUUGGAGGGUUUCUUUGGAAUUUAAUUAGUACAUAUGCACUUCCUUUGUUAACGGGAAAGCAGAUUGCAGAAAGGAAGUCAUACCGAAGCACGACUGCGGAAGCUAAGUGAGCAGUCCAGAAUCCCUUUCUAGUUCACCGACAAUACUUGGCGGUCAGAUGCUCUUAACCGCGUUUCAGCGAUAAAUUUUAAAAAUGUUUUUAUUGAAGGGAAGAAAGAAUGAAAUGCAGCUGUGUAAGCUGAAUAACAACAGGACCGUUGCACUUUCAGAAUGAUGUCACAACUAUUUUUGGAGGGUUUCUUUGAAAUUAAACCCAUAUAUGCACUUCCUUCAUUUAGCGGAGAGCAGAUUGCAACUAAGUUGCGAGGAAGCUUCAAGGAAGUUGUGCAUGCUAUAAAUUCUGGCUAGGACUGAAAGUUACUCUCUGGCAAAGCUUUAAGUCUAUUCAAGUCUUUCAAGAUGAAUCUUGGCAUUUUUGUAACGAUUCUGGUAGUUUUUUCUCUGUGGAAUACAGCAGGUGAGCCCUAUAGCCUUCAAUUUUAUGCAUCAUUUUAAAGAAACUACAUUUCGGUUUCUGCCCAUUGAAAUAUCUAACCUACCUUUUUCAAGUUUGUGGUUUGCAGCGCACUCGUAUCUCUUUGUAUAGUUUUGCCUUAUUUGAGUCUCAAUACCCCUCUCUUCAUAGCGUUACAGAGCAGUUUCUAAUAUUUUGAUGAAAAUUUUAGCGACGUUUCAUAAAUAAUAUUUUUGAGACACGCACGUGCACAUUUCGCAUUUGAAGUGUUGUAAUUCAACUGCUUCUCUAUAUUUUUUAAAAUAAAUGUGGACACAAAGUCAGAGGCACUUUGAUUAAAGCGUUCAAGUGUCCCAGAAACCAUUCGUAAAUUAUAGAAACAUGAGCUUGGGUAUGAGUACACCAUGUUUGUUCAAACAUGCGAUUUUCAAUAACUAAUUCUUGUUUGCAUGAGACGGUCUCUUGAAUUGAAUAUGGAAUCAACCAGUUUUUAGAUGGCUUUUCUGAAAUUAUUUUGCAUUUUAGAUGCAAAAUUUAAGUUUGAUAAAUUUCCAUUUAUCAUACAGAUGCCAACUCUGAUGAGUUGCUGGAUGUGAAAAUUCGUAAUCGCAAGUUUCGACUCCCAGAGUCUGAGGUCCGUGAAAUGCUGAAGACGGCUGCGCUGGAGAAGAAAGGAUUUAAAUUGCAGGUUACUACCAAGAUGGUGAAAGAUCUAGUAACCGGUGAACAACAUUGCCAGGUAUCUGUUGUUCAUAUACUAUACUCUUGUACCUUGAGCUCUCCGGGUGUUUUGUGUCUUUAAAACUCACGACAUAUUUAUCCAAAGGGGCAUGUGUGCUUUGGAGGACGAGGCACGUUAGUAAAGUCACUUUUUCUCUUUGGUAAGAUAAAUAUAUAUAUUGUAGGUGAUACAUGACCUGAAAAGGAACACAUUCCCAGUAAAAAUUUUGCAACAUCGUAUCGCAAACUCUAUAAGUCACUACCAGCGGAUUUCUCUGCGGAAAAAAGGGAAGCCACUGAAAGCCAUAGCUGACAUCAAAUCAUAAAAUUGUUGUUCUAUUAAUUUCCUGAGCUCCUUUUAUGCCUUUUUUUGUUACUAAAAAUUCACUUUUCUUUUGUUUAGACAUCAUACCAGUACCACAAAGAAGUCGAUUGUAAACGUACGCAUAGAGUAGGAAAGCUGUUGAACAACCGCGUACCAGGUAAAAUCGAACUAGUCUCCAAACCUAGAGAGUAUUUAGGAAAAGGAACUUUUUCACCAACAGUUUCAUUGUGAAUUUAAACCGCGAAUCAUUGUUUAAAAAAGCAAUUGAAGCUAAGUAAUAUCGCACUCUGCUGAUUGCUUGUUUAAAAAUGCCGGGAAACUCAGUGUGGAUCUCUCCAAUUCAGAGAGGCACAAAUAGCUAUUGGUUGGGUCUGUCUAACAUCUUUUGCAUAUUGGCAUCUGGAACUUUGGAGUAAGGAAGAAGAGUCUCUUAGGGACCGUUCAUCAUUUAUCGCCGGGGGAGGAGUGUGCGGAGGAUUUUGCUUUUGUCAAGAUAGUAUUACGUAAUCUCCCCUGAGGCUCUAUUUUUCAGUUCCUUCCCUUCCCCCCACCCCCUAUCCCCCGUCAUUGGCAGCUGAUUGGCGGUCAAAUUUCUAUGAUCACCCUCUAUACUAUGUUGGCGACGACUGAUCUCCCUCCGUUCACCCUUAAAACCAUGUGAUCCCCCUUAAAUCCUCCAACAUCCACCCCCCCCCCCCUCAGUCGAUGAAAUAUGACUUCGGAUAAGGUAACCAAUAAACUGACUAUUUUUCACUAUUCAGGUAUUUUUGGACGGGAGAUGACCAUGAAAACAAGAGAAGCAAUUCAAACCAGAGGUCUGAACAAGAUGGGAAAAUGUCAAUUUGGACUGGUGAUAGAUAUCAAUAAAGACGAGGGCUGUUUUGGCCUUCAGAAGGAUACUAAAAAGGCAGGCUUGAAACGCGUCAACAAGGAGGAUCCGUCUUCGUUUCCCAAAGUUAGCGUUGAGAUAAAAAAUAUCAUAUGAUAUAAAUAACCGCAGCAACAAAGAAACGCACUCUUACUUUCAACAUUUUCAACGCAUUUAAGAAGCAAUACGUCAUGUGGCUCUUAAAGCCUUUAUCUGAUAGACAUAAGAGCCACAUGACGUAAAAAAAGUACUAUUUGAGGAUGAAUGAACUGUACUUCUAUGUUAUAUUUAAAUGUAUCAACGGUUGGCCUGCAGGAACAAGGAAACAAAACAGCAAUAAAGAUAACAAUAAUGACAACAACAGCGACGAUGAGGGCUAGGAUAAUUACUCGCUCGUGUUAGUGAACAUAUGAUGUAAUACUAGACUUUGUUUUCUUUCGCUGUCUUUGUAGGUUUUCGUCGGUUUUGUAACAAACCUGAUCGUAAACACCCAAUAAUUGAAACAGGACACGGGUGACCUUAUAGUAGUAUCGUCUUAAACUUUUAUGUAUCAUUCAUAGCGGUUAAAAAAAAAAACUAAUUAAACUUGCCGAGAUUAAUCGUCAUUCAGAGCCUGGUUGUGUGUCCUGUCCGUAAGCAUGUCGAUCAGUGCCAUUAACAUUUCCAAAUCAAAAGUAUGGCAAAAUGCUGCUCGAUAGAGGUUCACUGUUUUUUAUUUAUAAA